ACCCUUUGAGGCCACGUGAUCUAAAGGGGGCGGGGACGGAUGUCGAGUCUCCCGAAAGGCCGUGCGGGUGCGUUUCCUGAAGGGUCAAGAUGGCGGCAAGGGCACCGACUUCUACCACUGCUCGUCUGCUUCAAAUUGUGCGCAAAUGGUAUUACAAUGCAGCUGGAUACAACAAAUAUGGACUUUUGCGAGAUGAUUUACUUUAUGAAACUGAAGAUGUAAAAGAAGCAAUCAGGAGACUUCCAGAAGAUUUGUAUUUUGAAAGAUGCUUUCGCAUUAAGAGAGCAAUGGACUUGACAAUGAAGCAUCGUAUUCUUCCUAAAGAGGAGUGGGUAAAAUAUGAAGAGGACGGACAUUAUCUUCAACCAUAUCUGAAAGAGGUCAUUCGUGAAAGACAAGAAAGAGAAGCAUGGAAGAAGAAAUAACCGUUUCCAUAAUUUGUUUGAACAAAUGUUUCCCUUAAAAUGUAAAUUGUGCGGUUCAGAUGCAAAGUCUGUUAAAUGUUCUAGCUGCUGUGAAGAAAUCCAUGCAACUCUGCUCAAUAAUACUUGUUCAUCCAAUUCAAAUAAACAUUACUAAAUCUUCUUGGAAUUCUCUCUCCUAAAUUGCAAAGAAUUGGUUCAAGUCUCCACAUCUACGUUACAUGCUAACAUGGUGAUCUGUGAUCUUCAUUCCAACAGUUUGAGUAAUUCUUUUUGUCAUAAUAAUACAGCUGUUUCCUGCAGCUGGGAGGGUAGAUAAGCAACAUCCUUUGCUGUUUGUUGCUUCCCUUCUGAUUCAUUUUUAAAGGGGUGCCCAUCUGCAGAAUGACUGUUUAUAUCCAUCAUCACCUCUUGUCCCUAGAGUGGGGAUGUAGGCGCUCAAAUAUUCAGCAGCAGCAAAACUAUAUUGGGAUUACGUAAUCCCUAUCGUGUCUACCCGAACAAAUGGAAUGCUACAUUAAUAUAUGUCUUUGGAAUUUGUGAUUCCUGCCAAUAUUUAAAUAAAGGCAAUUACCUCAUUUAA